UUUGGGACGUCAUCAUUCAGCGCCCAUUCAGCGGGACCGUCACGGCAUUUGAAAGCUGAGCAUCUUUAGCGGAACAAAAAAACGUUUUACACCGUAUUUACCGUCUGUAGGCUCAACCGAAAUGAUCGAUAUGAUCGAGAAGGAGGACCCGGUCAUCAGCGAGGAAGAGGCGGCACAGUACGACCGCCAGAUCCGCCUGUGGGGGCUCGAUGCCCAGAAGAGGUUGCGGGGGUCCCGUGUGCUCCUGGCAGGUUUAGGUGGUCUGGGGGCAGAAGUGGCCAAGAACUUGAUCCUGGCUGGCGUUAAAGGACUCACCUUGUUGGAUCAUGAACAGGUGUCUGAGGAGUCAUGUCGAGCUCAGUUUCUCGUUCCGGUGACGGCUCAGGGUCAGAAUCGAGCCCAGGCCUCUCUGGAGCGAGCUCAGAACCUCAACCCGAUGGUGGAGGUCCACGCUGACUCGGACAGAGUCGAAGACAAACCGGAUGACUUCUUUCUGCAGUUUGACGCAGUGUGUCUGACAGGCUGCUCCAGAGACCUGAUGGUGCGGGUCGACCAGCUCUGUUCUCAGCGCAACAUCAAGGUCUUCUGUGGGGAUGUCUAUGGUUACUAUGGUUACAUGUUCUGCAACCUUGGACAAGAGCACAACUAUGUCGAGGAGAAACCUAAACUGGUGAAACCUACUGGAAAUUCUAACGACGGCCCAGAAGCAAAGAAAGCCAAAGUCGACCCCAAUGAGACCACCAUGGUGAAAAAGACGGUGAGUUUCUGCAGUCUGAAGGAGGCUCUGGAGGUUGAUUGGACAAGCGAGAAGGCCAAAGCUGGUCUGAAGCGGACACCAGUGGAUUAUUUCCUGCUUCACGUUCUGUUGAAGUUUCGUACAGACAAAGGUCGUGACCCCGAUCCACAAUCCUUCGCUGAAGACAGUCAACUCCUAAAACAGAUCCGUGAUGACGUCCUUGAGGCCUUGGCAGUGAGCAGUGACCUCCUGAGUGAUGACUUCACGAGCUACUGCUUCUCUGAGAUGUCUCCAGUGUGUGCUGUCCUGGGAGGAGUUCUGGGACAGGAAGUCGUCAAGGCUCUCUCCCAGAGAGAUGCUCCACACCGAAACUUCUUCUUCUUCGAUGGUCGUAAAGGCAACGGCGUGGUCGACUACUUUGGAUCAAAGUAAACACGCCACACGCCUGCUCGGUUUUACACAAAUUCAAGUCCAACAAACUUCUGUCUCUUCAUUAGUUUGUUCUGUCGUUAUUUAUAUCAGUACCACCUCCACUAGUCAUAAAAUUAAUCUGUUGUUCAAUUUUUGUCCUCUGACCUCAAGUAAACAGUCGAUUUUUUUACAUUUCCUAAUAAAACGUUGUUUAAUAAAAUCA